CGCGGCCGGGCCGGCCCCUCAGCGCUCCCGCCCCGGACGGACGCGCUGUCCCGCCCCGCCACCGCGCUCCGCCCUUCCGCCGGGACAUGGCGCAGGAGCCGCGGGGCAUGGACGGCGACGUGGAGGACGGCGAGCUGUCCGGCUCCGACUCGGACAUGCCCGGCGUCGGCUCCCCCGGACAGAAGCUGCACGCUGGCAGUGAUUCCUGCAGGCCCUUCCAGAGCAGCCUCUCAUCCUGUGCUCCCAGUGUUCCUUACAGGACCACCAAGAGCCUGGACUCCAGCGAGGAGAGCGGCUCCGACUCCGACGACGACGGCUGCCUGUGGAAGCGAAAGAGGCAGAAAUGCUUCAACUUCCCCCCUGCCAAACCUGAGCCCUUCCAGCUCAGCCAGAGCCACCAAAAACAGACUGCUCUGCGUGGGAAGAAGGUCAACAACAUCUGGGGCGCCGUGCUCCAGGAGCAGAACCAGGAUGCGGUGGCGACCGAGCUUGGGAUUCUGGGCAUGGACGGUUCAAUUGACAGGAGCAGGCAGUCUGAGACUUACAACUACCUGCUGGCUAAAAAGCUGAUGAAGGAAGCCCAGCAGAAGGAGGCAGAGACUUUGGAUAAGGAGCUGGAUGAAUACAUGCACGAUGACAAGAAGACGUUGCCAGCAGAGGAGGAACACGGGCAGGGCUUCCUCAAACGGAAGAGGCCCGUGAAAGACAGACUGGGGGAAAGGCAGGAGAUGAAAUACAAGGGAAGGUAUGAGAUAACUGAGGAAGAUUCAGAGGAAAAAGUGGCAGAUGAAAUUGCUUAUCGACUUUGUGAGCCAAAGAAGGACUUAAUUGCUCGAGUAGUGAAGAUAAUUGGGAAGAGAAAAGCCAUCGAGCUGCUGAUGGAAACAGCUGAAGUGGAACAGAAUGGUGGACUGUUCAUUGUGAAUGGCACCAGGAGAAGAACACCUGGGGGUGUUUAUUUAAACCUGCUGAAGAACACACCGAGCAUCAAAGAAGAAAAAAUCAAGGAAAUAUUCUAUCUGGAAAACCAGAAGGAGUAUGAAAACAAAAAAGCUGCCAAGAAGAGGAGGCUACAAGUUCUGGGGAAGAAGAUGAAAAAGGCCAUCAAGGGGCUCAACCUGCAGGAAUAUGAUGAUGCAUCUCGUGAGACUUUUGCCAGUGACACAAACGAGGCUCUGGCUUCCCUGGAUGACCUGCAGGAAGGGCACCACGAGGCAAAGAUGGAACCUGAGGAUACUAUUGAAAUUGAUAAUGCCCAUGAUUUGGAGAUCUUUUAGUUACUAAUGCUCUUGAUACAGAGUCUCUAUAAAAACAUGUUAAAUGAGCCUUUCUUGUAAUCCCGUGGCUUCUAGUUUUCAAAGCAUGGGGGAUACUUGAUGCUGAAGAGCAGGAGGUAAUUCUUAGCUAAAUUUAACAGCAUGAAAGACUUUUAAUUGUCCUGUUACUUGUUUGCUGAGUCCUCAGAACCUGUUAAGAUUUUUCUAGAUAGGAGCCCUGCGUCACCUUAGGAAGUGUUUUUAGUCACAUGUUAGGUUUAGGAGUUAAGGCUAUGUUUUAACCAAAUACUUCUCAUUUAAUUUGCUGAAGUUCACAAAGUCAUCAGAUGAGCAAUGCUCUUUACUACAGAUGAACAGAAAAAACAGAAUAAUUUUAGUCUUGAUAUAAGUGAUCAUAUAUUCUUAAUGUGGCAGUGUAUUGACAAAAACAGUAUUUAUAGGAUUAAGACCUGUAAAAAGAGAUUGGUUUGUGAAAUAAUUUUAGUGGUCAGUGACCUUUGAAUAACAACCUUGUAAAUAAGCAGUAUUGAGCAAUGUAUGCUUCAUAUUUCUGCAGUAUUUUCAAUCUUUGUAUUCCAGUGGUGACUUGAGCUUCCUAUCUGUUCUGUCUAAACAUUUUCCAUGAUUAGACACACACCUAACUUCAAUGGAUCUUCUUGUUUGCAGACAAAUAUAACUAAAAGCCUUCAGAGUAGUGAGAUUUUACUGACCUGUGUUCACUUCAAGGGUCUGUAGACUGUACGUGCAGAUAUAAACCCUUUACCUCGCAGUUCUUGUUUCUUUCCUCCUCCUGUGUGCAGUGAGAUAAUGUGCAGCUUGCAGAAGAGCUGGAGUUUUUCUGUGCUGACUCUUGCAGGGGAUAUUUUUUUUUAUUAUUUACUUGAUGCAGGAAACUUGUGUAGUUUGUUAGUUUGGCCGAAAUUAUGUUGAAUAUUGUUUUUAAUAUAGCUGAAGAACAUGUGCAACACUGAUAUCUGUGUCUAAAGUAUUUUGUCACUACUGAGUUUUGGCUUUUUUUGUGAGUAGACACUAUUCAGCCCAACUUUUGCCCAUAAAUUUUGCUCACCUUUGAGUUCCUGAGUUUCAGAAGGAAAGUGUGUCACUAAAACACAUAAUCAGUUUAUGAAAUUGAACAAUUCAGUACUGCUAAGAACAGGCAUUUAAAGGAUUGCAGCAUUUGAAGAAACAUUUCUUACACAUAACAGCACAUUCCAUUACCUGCCUUACUAAACCUGGGUUUUGACUUUUCUGCUUUUUAUCUGUUCACAUGUCAGAGCUCCGAAUUGUCAAAAGGUUAAUCAGAUGUGCAGCAUGCCUUUGCUGGUAGUAGUUGCUCGUGCUGAAAUAACAAAAUUUCUUAUUUUUUCAUUAAUUUUCCUAACCAAUGAUGGUCAGAGUAAACUGAUAACUUCUGUAAAGGAAACAGAUUUUUGUGCUGUUUAAUUGUUUUGGGACUGUACCAUUUCAUCCUGGUUUUGGGAACUGCUUGGGGAUAUGUCUUAACUCUCUUCUGGAUAGAAUCAGCAAAUUGUAACGUUGGUUUAAGCAACUUUUUUAUCGUUAUGUAAUUUGCACUGUGUAUUUUUUUAAUGUUAAUAUUUCUAACGUUGAUUUCCCAGGCAAGGGGUACU